CACCGAGGCGGCAUUUUUGGAAAAGAUCUCAAGGACGGUUAACUGUUUACAUCAAAAAACCAAGUCAAGUCAUCAGGAACCCCUCUGAGGAAAGAAAUCUCUAAUAACAAUGGAUGUGUAUGAGCUAUUACCGUCUAUUGUUAUGACUGUUCUUUGUCUUGGCAUCUUGCCUCUUGGUCAGAAAGUGUGGAUAUCCGCUGAUUUGACAAUCACAUCAGCAUGGGGGCUGAUGUGCAUAACAUUUCCACAGUUUGUUAUGCAAUACCAAGUGGAUGGUGAGAUAGAUAUGCAGCAUGAGUAUUUUUAUAGACUCUUUGGAUUCGUUCUACUAGUCACCUCUCUGUUUGGUGUCUUAACUCAGAACUCCGACGAUCCUACAGUCAAGAUUACAUUCCUAUGGUCUCGAGUUAUUGCAACCAGUGUUUACAUAUUGAAUCGAGUGUAUUCCAUUUACAAUAUUACCAAGGAUCCUCAGUGGAAUGACAGGAGUUUGUAUUUCGGGACAUAUGGAGAUGUCCUCUGGUUUCUGGGAAGUUUGUACCACUCGUUAAGAUGUCAGGACUGGGGAUACGCAAACGAAGCACAUCUAAGAAUAGACCUUCAUCUUAGAAUGGACACUCUCCUUACAUUCUUUAUGGCUUUGAUGUACUUUGUCUUUCCAGGGCAUGUAUUUAAAAUCCAGGUUGAUGGCAAACUUGGCAAACUUCACCUCUCACUCAUCCGUAAUGUGGCAGCUUUUCUCUUUGGGACAUGUAUAAUCUCAGCCUCAGCAACCAGAUUUAGCAGCCAAGAUGACAAGAUGACGUUCCUCGCCCUUCGCAUCCUUGUCAACUCUUGUAUCAUUACUUUUCAACUUAUCGCUCAGUUUUUCCAAAGUCCGUGGAGCAUUUAUCACGUGUACUUCAGCAUCGUAACCACAGCAGUCUGGACUCUAAAUGCUGGACUGGGAUAUAUGCAUGAAGUCAAAAAAUUAAACAAAGACAAAGUGGAAUAAGCUGCCGUUUAUUUAGACAUGGACAUUAUUACUAGGCCUAUGUAUUCGUACUGUGAACUUCUCUUUAUUUGGUGCAAAGAUUUAUGAAUUUGUUUAAUAUUUGUACUUCAUUUUGGAAAGUGGGUGUAUUUUAGUUUUUAUGGGGAAUUUCAAGAUGUUACUUUAAAUAUUUGGUGGAGGAUGUAGCACCUGCACAUAUCUACAUUUAUCUUAAUUUGUUGUGAUUGAUUUACACAUGAUAAAACCAAAUGUACUGUUUAUACUGACAAAUGUUUUUUGUGUCGCUAUUUUACGUUCAUCGUCGCUAACCAAAUUAAGGUCUACAAUCCACUCCUGUACUAAGAGGAAAGGAGUGGAUCAUAGACCGUUGGCUAACAAAGAUGUUUUUCAUUGGCCUUGUAAGUAAUCAUCAUGUACAUGCAUGUCAGUGGUUUUUUUAUGUACGUGAAGAAAGCACUUUUUCGUACACAUUUAUACAAGUCAAAAAUGUUUUUUUGUAUGAAUAACUAAUAGUUUAUUGUGAGUCAAAUGUAUGGAUGACAUUUUGUUACUCUGAUUUUUAAAUCAUGGCAGAAAUUCAGUGUUAAACUAAAAUUUCCUAAAUGUGUUGAAACCUUAUGAAUAACUCAGUAUUUUGUAUUUUUAUACCAAGCCAGUUGGUUUGUAAUUGGACAGAUAUGAAUAAAUGAAACCUCCUGUG